CGAAAUUAUAAUUGGCUGAAUCAGACCAGACUAAACAUGAUAAAAUACCUCAUGAAAAACACCAUCCCAAAAAGGUGCAAACUUGCUGUGAUCUGGAUCGUUGAAAUGCAAAAGUUAUGAUAUGUACCACUGGAAGUCCAAUGGGUUACUGGGUUUUGGCCUUUUAGGCGGUAAAGCUUCAGCAUUUCUGCCGCCAAAAGCCACGGUGUCCCGUCUACCGGCGGCGCUCUUUUCGGCUUUUCCCCAUUGGCAGAGACGCAGGGUCAGGAAAUCUCCGUCCCCAAAUGUUCCGACCGGCGAAGCACAAAACGGCUAGGCCCUAAUUGCACAACAUACCAUAAAGUUUCUUAUCUUUUAUGUGUCGGACUUCGGAGAAAGUAGAAGCGUAGCACGUCCCUAAUCGGAGAAGAAUAUGGCCGAACCUUCUCCUUCCCCUCCACCGCCGAAUUCAUCCACGAUUACAGACUUAAGCGUGGACUCGCUGGCUCACUGCGCCAAUUACCUCACUCUUCACGACCUUUCCAACUUCUCCAUCUCUUGCAAGUACCUUAAUGGCGUCGCCCACUCCGAUUCCGUGUGGCAACGCCUGUUCAGAGAGCAAUGGCCGCAUGUUGUAAGGCCCAAUUUGUCGGAUAACUCGCGAGUCAGGGAAGCUUAUUUGGCCAGGAAGGCUGCUGUGCGGCAGUUCAGGUUUGCCGAUCCUUUGGUUGCAGACUUCUAUACAGAGGCCAAACCUUUUGAUCAUAUCCUAUUGGAUGAGGACGACAUUAUCUAUUCUCAGGGUAAUGUCAUUCAAAUGAUGGGCAUAAGUAGUUUGCUAAGGGGCAGAGAUUCCAUAACUAGACUGAGUGAUCAUGGAGCUAGAAUCACUUGUAUGAGAGUGUUUUCACUUGACUUGCGAAGUGCGGCCCAAAGAAAGCAGAGAGUGUUGUUAACCUCAAGCUGUGACCAUUCUAUUCGUGUGUGGUGGAAGGGUUCUUGCCAAAGAUGUCUUAGAGGGCAUAAUGGGCCUGUUUUGUGCUUGACGGAUAGAUUUCUCGGCGAUGGCAGUUCAACAGUACUAGCAAGUGGUGGCGAAGAUUGCACGGUUCGCCUUUGGUCCCUAGGUUCAAGUGGAAAACGUGGACAGCAUGCUUUAAAAGCUACUUUGUAUGGGCAUGAGAAACCUAUCAAACAGAUGUCAGUUGCAGAGCACAAUUCUUCCCUCUUGGUUAGCAUCUCAAAAGAUUCUAAGGUUAGGCUCUGGGAUACCACUACAUCAUCUGCUGCUCGUUCUUCCUGCUGUUUGGGGAUGGUUUCUGUGCCUGGUGGUGCACCUGUUGAUAUGAAGUGCAACGAAUCGUUGCUUUAUGUAGCUUCUGGAUCCUCUGUAGUGACAAUCGAUUUAAGGACCAUGCGGAAAGUUGCUAUGCCAGCAAUCUGUCAACCAAACUUACUCUCAUUCGCCAUGGUGCCUUCAAAACCCUUGAUCUGCACUGGUGGAAUGGGCAAAGCUCGAAUUGCGACUGCUACCACGGGCGAGGGACAUGGACUCAUCCGGUACAGAGACUUCCUCAAUGCUACUUGCCCUGUUUCAAGAGUGGACGACCAUGAUGAGAACUCUUCCAAGUUUUGGGAUCAACAAUCGUUUGGUGACAGCAGUGGAGAUGUUGAUGGAGCAGUACUCAAGCGGUUGACCGAGGGUGAACUGAACUCUUUUCAGUUUUCACUAUGGCGAGCUGAGCAGAGCUUCCUAUAUCUCCUCCGUCAAUGCCAACUCUUUCUUCAGUCCACCAUCGUCCCCAACAAAAUGCCCACCACCGUCUUCUUCCUCCUCCUCUUUCUCUUCUCCGCCGCCGCCGCCCCGGUCCCGGGCCUCGACACCUUCCUAACCCACCAAUCCCACAUCGACCCACAAGCCUCCAACGACACAUUCGAAUCCCUCCCUUCCACCCUCCGCAAAUCCCUCUCUUCCUUACCUCACGCCGCCGCUGCCGCCGGCAGAACCAAUUCCCUAAUCUCCUCCCUCCUCUCCCUGUCGCUCCCGCUCUCGAUCAACCUCCGUCUCGUCGGCUCUGCCUUCCCGGCCGACUCCGAGGCCAUCCUCUCUUCCUUCUUCUCCUCCACCCACACCUCCGACCACUUCCACGUCAUAACCCCCGAUCCCGUCCCACCUCACAGCGGCUCCCACCGCCUCGCCGUCCGCCACUCCCCUCACCUCGACGUCUCGCACUCCCCGCCUUCCCUCGCUUCCCGACUCUCCGACGCCAUCAAAUCCGCCAUCGCCUCCACCCCUUCCCCUCUCCGAUCAACCCUCCUCUCCAUCCCUUACGACUCCGUCGACCAAAUCAUCCGCCAGGAAUUCGAUAAGGAGAAGCCCGCUCACGGGAUCUAUGUCUACUUGAUCUCAUUGGGUGCUCAGUCCAAGAGCUACGCUUAUUCGUAUUUCCCUGGCGAUUCCUCCCCUGGCUUCACUAAAUGUUCAGGGACGAUUUGGACGGGGAAGGAGAGAUACCUCUGGAUUGAUCUCUCCGCGGGGCCGGUGGAUUAUGGGCCAGCUCUGUCCGGCGAUGGGGUUUUGCCCCGAGGGGAAUUUCACCCUCUUGCGACUAUGCACGGCCGGCCCAAAUCACAGAAGGCUCUGCUCUCUGAUUUAGCUUCAUUGAUUUGGAGUGCUUACCAGGUAUUGCUCGUCCCCUCACUGAGAAUUCCAGUCCACUUCGAUAGCGCCUUGAUUGUUCAGUUCAUCCAUGUUUAUGCUUCCAAGAAUGGUAAGGAUACCACUGGUUUGGACUGGAAAGCAAUGGAGAGGUCCUUUAGGGAUGGAGCUAGUGAAGAUGGUUUAUUGCUAGGUGAUCAGUCUCUAAGCUUCAAGAGCUACGAAGUGAAGUAUGAGGAGUGUUCAAUUUGUUCUUAUGCCAUUUCGAGAUCGAUCAAUUCGUACACCUCGAGGUUCUUGUUCGAUAACUAUACACUGAUCGUGAGUGAGUAUUUGGAUUCCAAGAGAUUGCAUCAGAUACUGUCAGACUCGGCUGAAGAGUUUAAGAGGGUAGCUGGAAUUCCAGAGGAAGAUUACGCCACAGUGCUCCCUGUUUAUGUGUUUGAUCUCGAUUACAACAUGCUGCUGUUGCUCGAUCGAUACCAUCAAUCUGUUUCCUUCAGAGAUAUGGUUGUAGCAGUGAGAACAAAAACUACCCAGACAGUGAGCGAUUACAGCUGCAAUGGCCGACAUGUGUUCACUCAUACACGAGACCUCGAGCGACCUCUUGUUGGCUCGAUUCUCCAGAGCAUGUGGGGAGUUUCUCCGACACACUUGUCAUGGAGUCCACGACACAACACAACUCUAGUGGACUACACUUGGAGCGUGGGGCAGACACCCUUUGGUCCUUUCUCUGAGUCUUCCACCUUGUCCUUUGUGCAGAAGGAUGCAGCUAGGAGAAAUGUGCUGUUGACGUCAUUGAAUUACAGUAUAACGAGUGCGAUUGAAGUUCUUGGCUCGAUGGAAGCUCAUGGUGGGGAUAGGAGGCUGCUUAAGGAUAAGCAGCAUGUGGAAUUCGUGCAGCGGUGGAACUUGUUCAAGCACAAGAUUGAUAAGGCGGUUUCUGCUUUGUCAAGACUGGACUUCGAGAUGGCUUUGUAUUACUUGCGGUCUUCGGACCAUGAUCUGUAUGCCAUUCACUCGCUGGUGUAUCGCGCCUCGCAGGAAUUGGAGGCGUCACUUGCUUGCUUCAAAGAUCCGCCGUUUCCUUGGGGCUCGGUCUCGUUAUCUGCAGGAGGGUUCUUUGCUGUAUGUUAUUUGUAUGUGAAAAGGGAGAGCCUUUUUAGGAACAAGAGGAAGCAGUUUUGA